UCACAAUAAACGGAUGUAUCCAAAAUAGUCCGUUUCUAAUGUAAUUUAUAGAACUUUUAAAAAAUUGUAUAUUUUGUCAAAUAAAAUUUAAUAAAAUGAUACUGCGACGUGGCGUUGUAUCGUGCACUCGUACAAAUAUGUACCGGUAUCGCUCAAUUUCAAUAAGUUCAAAACAAUUUAGCGUUGAUGAUAGAAAAAAUUUACCAUCGCGAAAAUUAUUCGAAGAACUCACAGAAAAAGCUUAUAUGCAGGAGAAAUUUAGGAGUAGCGGUCGUAAACCAUUUGAAACUUUAGUUGAAAAUCCGAUUAUUGUUAAGAGAUUUUUUGCAAAGGAACUUCAAUGUGAAGAAAUUGUUUAUCCCGAACUGAUGACCAAAGAAAACUCUAACGAAUUCAACAAAACUACAUCGAAAAUCAUGGAAUACCUAAAAGAAACUAACACACAUGAGAGUAAACAGUUUGAAACUCUUAAACAGUUGAAAUUAUUCGGAUCAAAUAUACCAAAAGAUUAUGACGGCCAAGAGUAUACAAAUACGGAACGUGCAUUAAUCGGUGAAAUUGAAACAGAAAAUGUGUCGGUUGCAAUGAUUUUGAAUGCACAUCGCUUGGUUAGUUCAACCAUUUACGAUUUUGGUACAGAUCAACAACGUGACAAAUACUUGCCGAAAUUGGCGAGCGGUGAAAUUGUGGGAACAAUUGCUUUCAAAGAAUGGAAUGCAUCGGAAACACUUGCGCUCAAUACACGUGCCGAAUAUGAGAACGAAGAUGGACUUUGGUAUUUGAAUGGUACAAAAUCGUGUGUUGUGAAUGCGAUCAAUGCAAAUGUAUUUCUGGUUUUGGCGCAAACAAAAAUUAGCGAUCGACAAGGCGAUAAGAAAUCGUCCUUAACCGUUUUCAUAGUCGACGAUUCUUUGCCCGGCGUAAAGAUUCAUCCGAAAGAUAAUACAAUCGGAACUUCCGACUGGAAUCUAGCACGAGUAACAUUUAAAGAUGUGGAGCUGACAACGGAUGCGGUGGUGGCAUUGGCCGGCACUGGAAACUAUCUCGAACAUAGAAUCAAAGUACAUUCACGAAUUAGCGAAGGAAUCACGUCUUUAACUCAAAUGAAAAUAUUGUUUAAAUAUAUGUUGAACAUGAUCGAAUCAAUCGAACAACAAGCAAAUAACGUGUCGGAAGGAAACGAAUCAGUUACAUUGCGGGUAAUAAUAGGAAAAUACACUUGUUCAAUUUAUGCGUUGGAAAGUAUGCUAUAUUUAACCACUGGAAUAAUGGAUAAAUACGAUAACACAAAUAUUGACCUUGAGAGUGCAAUUUUUGUAACCACCGCCCAAGAUCAACUCCUUCACAUGACGACGGAUCUGUUGAAUUUUGUUGAUUCACGCGUCACAAUCGAUAAGCAUCCAAUGAAUUCAUUCAUUCGAAAUGUAAUUCAAUUGAAAUUCACUGAACCAAAUAGUGAAGUCAAAUUAAGUAUUGCGCGAGAGGGGUUUCACCAUCGUUUGCGUCGUCUAAUCGAAGAACGGAAAAAUCAAGAUUUUAUAGUUAAAAAUUUUAAAGAUGAUGAUGAACUAUUUAAAAGUUUCGAACCAGAAAUGCAUGCUGCAAUCAAGAAUUUCAAUAAUUCGUUGACAUCACUUCGAUGGUGCGCAACAGGAAUCAUUGAAUUGGAAUCGAAAGAAGAGAAGGGAUCACGUGAUCCUGAGAUGACACAAUUGGCCGAUGUAGCCUCUUCUAUUUAUGCAUCAUAUGCUUCUUUACUGCGUGCAAAUCGUUCAAUAAAAUUAAAAUUACCCAAUGCACAAGAAGAAUGCAUUAUCGCUCAAACAAUCUGUGAUAAAAAUCAUGAAAACGUUAAAAGAAUUGAAGAAUCCAUUCAAGCUGGGUUACCGAAAACAUUUCAAACAUUUCAUAAAUUCGUGUCAUAUGAAAUGCUACGGCCAGAAAAACAAUUUCCAGUGCAUCCAUUAACUAGAUUAUUUUAAAUCAAUUUAUGCCAUUUUUUUUGUAGUGGAAACAUUCGCUAAAUAAAUAUUUAACAAAAUA